UUAUAGUUACCCGAAGGUAAUUUAAAUAAAGUGCUAAAGAGUGCCAUUGUUUUGCGAUUUCCUAACUGAAAAUGGGGAAAUUAACGAGGAGCAAUUGAAAGCAACAUGACUACAAUUGCGCAGUUCAGGGACCGCUGUCUGUUUGUUGCCAUAGAUUAUUGCUCACCAAAAACUUGUGACAGAGAUGUCUACUGCACUGAGUCUGCGUCUUCUCCACUGCUACUCUAAACCAGGCUCAUUCGCAUAUGGUCCUGGUGCCAUGCGGCCUUUCAGUCUCAGUGUGCAGAGAGAGGGCUAUAAGUAUGUUAAUGCUCAGGAGCUGCCGACAGACCUGAGGUCCGUCACUGACCGGGCUGCUACAACCCUCCUUUGGACCGAACUGUUCAGAGGUUUGGCGAUGACCAUGAGCUACCUGUUCCGUGAACCUGCCACCAUCAACUACCCAUUUGAGAAGGGCCCUCUGUCUCCCCGCUUCCGCGGAGAGCAUGCCCUCCGCCGCUACCCUAAUGGAGAGGAGCGCUGCAUUGCCUGUAAGCUGUGUGAGGCCGUCUGCCCUGCUCAGGCCAUUACCAUUGAAGCUGAGACUCGAGCUGAUGGCAGCAGGAGAACUACACGCUAUGACAUUGACAUGACUAAAUGCAUCUACUGUGGCUUCUGCCAGGAGGCCUGCCCUGUUGAUGCCAUUGUUGAGGGUCCAAACUUUGAGUUCUCCACAGAGACCCACGAGGAGCUGCUGUACAACAAAGAAAAGCUGCUCAACAAUGGAGACCGAUGGGAGGCUGAGAUAGCUGCCAACAUACAGGCAGACUACCUGUACAGAUAGACUCACUGUCAUAUCUGUACACUGCCCGCAAAGACGUGUCAUACAUGAAAAUGAUCUUAUGAUCCUCCUAUGCAUUAAAGAGAUUAUAUGUAGCUGCACCAAUAUUCAAGUGAGUUACAUAUGAGCAAUGAAGCCUUGCAGCCUCAGAUUCUGUUGUCAGAACUGAGAAAAUAAAUAUAAACGCACAAAUCAUAUGUCUUGUGUUGUGAACAUGGAUGAUAUUGCACUUUAUGAUGUUGACUGUAUAGUCUGUAACCCACGUAGUUUAUGCUGCACUUUAUAAGCGUGUUUUAUGCGAUGCAAUAGGAUAUUUCUGAAAGAGUAUAUUUAUGUAAUGUUGCUGAAAUAAAUCAUGUUCUAAAACAGUG